UUAAAAUUUCUUUAUUUAUUUUUAAAUGUCUACAUGGUCUUGCCCCACAGUGUUUGUCCGACCAGCUUCAGCCAUAUGCUCCCUCAUGCUCUCUCAGGUCAGCAGAUCAGUGAUGGUUUGUCGCCCCUAAGACAAAGAAGACGAAGCUUAGAGGUGACCUGAAACAGCGGAAUUAGUUGCUUUUGCACAUCAGGCAGGCCAACUCACUUCCUGUUUUUAAGUCCUCUCUUAAAACAAUUUUUUUCUCUUUGGCUUUUAACUCAGUUUGAGUUUGACUGUUUUUAUUGUUUUACUGUCUUUUCUUGCUUUUACGUUUUUGUAUGUGUCCUCAUGUCUGUGGUUGGGAGGGUCAGGGCCGGAAGGUUGAGACGUCCGGUUGAAUUGUCCAAUGGGAGCACCCAUGUGGGAAAACCACAAGGCCUGCUGGGAGUCUGAAAAGAACUAAUUUUGUUUGAAACUGGCGCCUUUUCUUUGUGGUCAGGCUUGGAAUGUUCCAACAGGCCCCAAACAGACUUCUGAGUCCCCAACACUUACAUUAUUUACAUUAUUACAUACAUUUGUUUAAGUAUUUGUCCAAAAACACUCUAAAAAUUGUUAGGUGUGAAUGUGAGAGUGAAUGGUUAUUUGUCUCUGUGUGUUGGGCCUGUGAUGGACUGGCGACCCGUCCAGGACUAUGUCAGCUGGGAUUGGCUCCAGCUCCCCGCGACCCUCAUAUGGAGGAUAGAGCGGUGAACAUGAAUGAUGAUCCAUACAUGAUAACAAUACAAGAAGAACACAAGAAUAAUGAAGAAUUUUGUUUUAUCUUGGUUUAAUAUUUCAUGAAAGUGUUGCUAAUUAGGGCCAAAUUCUAUUGUUCUAUUGUAUAUCUGUUUUCAGUUUGUCUGAUCAAACUGUAUCUGUCUAUAUAAACUAAACCUAAAAAAUAUACAACAUAAAACUUAAACGGAAAAGGAUCCUAUAUAAAAUACAUGCAGAUGUACAGACAUAGGAAGGAACACAUAUGAACACAUGAACAAAACACACAACAGAUGGCAAAAAGGUAAAGCAGUUCACAGCAAUUAAAAAUAUAUUUAAGUCCCAUUUUAUAAUUUGUUUCAUGCCGUUUUUGUGUAUUUAUUUGGAUAUUUGUAUAGUUUGUUGUUUGUAUAGAUUUACAUGUCAUUACGUACCAUAGUGUGGGCGUCCACUGACAGUGAUGUUUAAAACAGUGUAGAGUGAAGUCCUCUGUCAGUAACAUAGGUAUGUAUGUUUGUGGUCAGACAGUGGUAGGUUUGUGACUAAAACAUCUAUGUCAUGAAUGUUUUGCACUUCAGUGUCCCUGAGCGAAGAUGAUGAACUCUUCUCAUGUGUCACAUUUCACUCUAGGUGCCUAUUCUGAUCCUGGCCUGUAUACAUACGUGAUCUUUGUGUUUGUGCUUUGUUUCUACCUGUUAAUCAUUGUUGCUAAUUUGCUGCUGAUUGUAGUUAUCUGUAUGAACAGGAGUCUACAUGAACCUAUGUACGUGUUUGUGUGCAGCUUGUUUGUAAAUGAACUGUAUGGCAGUACAAGCUUGUUUCCAGCACUGCUGCUUCACAUUCUAUCUGACAUUCACACCAUCUCUGUUCCUCUAUGUUUCCUGCCGAUUUUCUCAGUUUAUUCUUAUGGUAGCAUCGAGUUCACCAACUUAGCUGUCAUGUCGUACGACCGCUACCUCGCCAUCUGUUACCCUUUGCAAUAUAAAACACACAUGACAAGUAGUAAAGUUUUCCUGCUUAUUGCUGGAAUAUGGUUUCCUCCUAUUGUUGUUUUUUCUGUGACAGUGUGUUUGACAUCGUCUCUGCAUCUCUGUGGAAACGUCAUUGACAAAGUUUACUGCGACAAUUACGGCAUCAUCAAAUUGUCCUGUGGUGACACAAGAGUCAACAAUGUCUAUGAGCUGAUGGCGACGUCACUCACUGUCUGCGCUCCCUUGUCCGUCAUUGUCUUCUCAUACAUAAGGAUUUUAAAAGUCUGUUUCUCUGGUUGUAAACAGACAAGACAGAACGCAGUCAGCACCUGCACACCUCAUCUGGCCUCACUGCUCAACUUCUCCUUCGGGGUUUGCUUUGAAGUUUUACAGAGCAGGUUUGAUAUGAGCAGUGUCCCUAUGACUCUGAGAAUUUUUUUAUCUUUAUAUUUUCUCACAUGUCAGCCGCUGUUCAACCCUGUCAUGUACGGACUCAAGUUGUCCAAAAUACGUCAUGUCUGUAAACAUCUGCUGCUCAGCAAGUGUCAGUCAUCAUUCAGCAAGUUUGAGCAGCUUUAG